UUUCCACCCACUUCCAAGUCGAUACUAUCUGCCGUCUCAUGUCCAUCCUAUAGCCUAUAUAAGCGGCUGCGCUGGGGCUGGCGGCGAUGGAGUAGUUUGUGGAUACGGCGGGAGCGCAGGGACGGGAGGGGGGCGGGCGGGCCAGCCGCGGAAUACUCGGACUCCCUGCCGUUCGCGGGCUGCUGCCGUCCGGGGAGCGGCUCCCGGGGGGAAGACACCUCGGCGUCUGGGACGGAGACACAGUGAAACAGGAGACAUCACAUAGCAGCGGAUCCUUCCUCUUCAUCCCCUCAUGCACUCUUCAGGUCGGACUGCAAUGAGUGGACUGAGGUCAUCUGGGCUGCUGGGGCUUGUACUCUUAAUGCUCUCAGCAGGAUACUGCAAAGAAAAAACAGACUCCACAGAUCUGAAGGACAAGCAAAGUCUCUUAAAUCUCAUCAUGGAGAUCAUUCAGGAGCUGAAAAGGUACCACCUGGAGAAGGACAGUGGGAUGCAGUACUUCUCCAAGCAUGACUAUAACUUGGAUCGAAGGGAAGUGGCUGACUAUGGAGGGUACCAGGAUGAGCAGAGAGUUGAAAUAGUUCCCAGGGAUCUGAGGAUGAAAGACAAGUUCUUGAAGCAUUUAACAGGUCCACUCUACUUUAGUCCAAAAUGUAGCAAACACUUUCAUCGGCUUUAUCACAAUACGAGGGAUUGUACCAUCCCAGCAUACUAUAAAAGAUGUGCCAGGCUUCUUACUCGAUUGGCAGUAAGCCCUAUGUGCAUGGAAGGAUAAAGAUCUGUGGACAUCUAUCCAUGUUUAGAGAUCAAUUUGGAGAGAAGAAAAAAUACAAAUUUAUUUUUAUUUGUACUUAUAGUGCAUUUUGGACUAGCACAGCUUUAAAGCACACAAGAAAUUGAAACUCAGAGCUAAGAUCAAACAAGAAAAUAAUAUGUGAAAGCAGGAGUUAGACAUAUUACUGUCACAACACAUUCCUAUGUGGCACGUGUGUUUAUGGUGUGACGUUUCUUGUGGAGCCUUAACUUAUUCUCAUGUAUCCUAUACAUACGUAACUGAGCUCCAUCUUCUCUUUUUUUUAGAGUGUAUGUUCCCUUUCUGCCUGUCUACAGACAUGAGCGAUGCAGGCACCCAGUAACAGCCCUUCAACUUGUUGAGAUUGCAUAAGUGAAGUCAGAGCAGCAGAUUUGUAUUAUCAUAUCUCUCAGUAGUCCUUUUUUUUUUUCCAGUCAACCUCCCAGGCUGUCUUCCCUGGCUGCCACCAGCACCAUCUCUAAGUAAUUUUAUUCUGUAACCCCUUUUCAUGGUCAAUACAGCUAUGCUAGAGUCCUGUCCUUGAUGCUUCUUUUUUUUGUUUUGCUCUUCAGCCUCUUUCUUCUGCCAGCUUCCUAAUAGUUCCCAUGUUCCAUGCUUGCUUUGCUCCACUCCAUGCAGAUACAUCCCCCAACUGUUAGGUUGUCCAUAUUUGCAGUAGGUAAGAGAUGCCAGGAACACGAUUCCCAAAGUCUUCACCUAAAUAAAGUUCACAAUUCAGAUCAUGAGCAGUUUUGGUGACAGACAGUGAUGAAUCUGAAAACCCCUCUGACAGCAUUUGUCACAGCCACUUUGGCUACAGUCAUACAGGUUUUACUGCUUCUGUUUGAAAACUUCAGGUGCUACUGUUGGUGCUCCAUCCCUUUUCCAUUACUUGAUCUAUACGUGUUUGCUAGAGGCCAACACUGAUCUCAUAACUUACUUUGAAAACUCCUUGCACUGUGAUAAGAAGUUCAGGGACAAAGGACUGCAUUAUCACAUCUUAUUACAUACUUCUGUUUUGAUGAUUUCUUCUAAUUUCUGUACUGACUAAUAUUAAUGGGGUCUUAAAAACUCUUAAAGCAUCUACAGUUCUUUCAAAUAAACAAAGUAAUGCUAAUGACACAUUUUUUUCACUAACAAAUACAAGACUGGUGCAAGUAGUCUCAGGCUAUGCAGAGAAAAUGAGGUUUAUAUAUUAUAAAAAGUGUACUACAGAAAUAUACCAGUUGCUUGUUCCCUUAAGAUGCAGAUGCAAAUAAUUAAUAUUUGUACAUACAGGUCAAAUACCCAUUGCAAAAUUCAUAAUAAGCUUAAAAGUGAAAUUUACUUUGGAACUCUGAAAAAAUCUGUGUAAACUCCUCAAGAUGUAUUGACCAUACUAGUAAUGUAUGGGACAAAUGCUGAAAAUACAAGAUGAAGUUGGAAACUUAAAAUACUCCACUAAAUAUCCCAUUCCAACACACUAUAUCAUAUAUGCAUUUUUUCAAAUUAUUCUUAAACCAAGAUAUUUGGGCACUUGAAUUUUACUUCAAAUAUUUUGUAACAAUGGAAGCAACAGCCCUUAAUUGCAUUCUGCCUUAGACUGCUGCUUUCUCAGAGCAACAUCUAGUGCAUUGAAAUGUCAGACACUUGAAUUCCAUAAAAGUGAAGGUGAAAUUAGGAUGAGAGGAUUGUGUAUUAUUCAGUGAAGGCCUGGGUUUUUUUCUAGAAGGUAUAACUUGAUCUGUUUUAUACAGCUGCUCAGGGCAUGUUCAAUGUCCUCUUCAUAAUGCCAGGAAUUGGUUCCCAAGUUAACUAGUUCAGGACUUUUCUCAGAACUACUGCUUUGAGUUAAAAAGGCAGCCAGUCUGCAUGGUUACUAGUAUGGCAUCAUCCAGGUUAUUAAAAGGCAGUUCACAGUUUUCCUUGCUGUGAGAUGUCUGUGGCUAGCACUAGAUGGAACAUUCAGAGCUUCAUAAUCAUCAGUGCAUGGAUCACCGUGAUCACAUUACAGCAGAAUUCCACCUGGGUGUGCACACUUGGGAAAAGAACUUUUUAUAUACAAAUAUGAGGAGGUUCUGCUACAAAAUCCUACUGGCACUGUACUUUAAAGUCUACAUUGAUAUUUAAACCACUAAAUUCUUCUCAUAUAGAUUAGCUUUUUUUUACAGAGUUUAUCAUCAUGCACAGGUUAUAACCAGAAUCAAAUUUGGAAAGCUAUAAUGUACCUUUACAAUAGCUUUAAUUUGUGCUUUUAAAAAUCAGCACAGUUGGCUGGGGAGUUGUAUAGUUACCUAUGUUCUCAAAAGAGGCUGCAGUCAGAUUGCAUUCAGGAUCUCCAGUAAGAUUAUCCAUCAUCCUUCAGCUAAGUUCCAGCCUAAUAUUCCUAGACUGAUGCA